AUGUCACAGCCUGAAGGACGUGGUUUCAGUGCCUGGAUGAUGAUGAUGCGGGUACCUUCCAGCUCAGGUGGAAGAGCCAGUGGGUUUCUCUUCCAGGCAGGACGACGCGUGAGGAGAAGGGUAGCCGGCCGGGCCAGUGCAGGGUGAACGGAGCCCGGAGACCGGCCUGGCAGGGCAGAUGACAUGCCACAGUGGUCCUUCGGUGCCAAAGGCCCGGCCGGCGUUCUUCGUGUGGGGCGAGACCAGCUGACGCAGGAGCUCUGGCAGAGGGCCGAGAUGGACUGAGCCGUGGCGAUCCGCGGAGGUGCGGGGAGAGUUAACGAUGAAGAGUUUCUGCCGAGCUGGGCUCCACCGGGAACUGCUGAACUCAGCCUCUUCCACGUUGCACCCUGUAAAACGAAUAUCUGGCAUGCAUUUGAAGCCAUAUCUGAAAUUGCAAAAGAAAGAGAGGUCCCUUGAAAUAAGCCCAGACUCUCCACGAAGCCCCCCAAUGAGCCAGCAGAGAGUGGGAAAUGAGGAAAAACCGGACAGCCCCGCGCCUGGCCUCUUCCCAAACCCGCCUCUCCGGAAGCCCCUGGGAAGCCUCUCUCCCAACACGAUCUGCCGCAGGAAUGAGAGAAAAAGCCAUCCGGAAGGAGAGCCCAGCAUCAAGGAGAGGAGAGCCGCCCUGGCCCCUACCAUCCACCAGGGUGAUGAUGGAGAAGGACCUCUGGACAUUUGGGCAGUCGUGAAGCCAGGGAACACCAAGGAGAAGAUUGCCUUCUUCGCGGCCCAGCAGUGCAGUGACCACCGGGUGUCUUCCAUGAAGAGCAAGAGCAGCUGGGACAUCGAAGGGAGGGCGACCAAGCGCCGGAAAAAGUCGCUCGACAUCAAGAGGGCAAAGGUCCACCUGGAGAGGGCGCGAGAGGCCAGCGGGAGGUGCCCCCCGCCCGAGCCCUUUGCCUGCAGCAUCGAGCAUUGCUCUGUCCAUAAUGUGAAUGAAAGCGGGGAGGGGGGGUUCCCGGGCCGCCCCCUGUCGGUCGUCGAGAUGGUUGCUUUCCUAGAACAAAGGGCGAGCGUUUUGCUGGCCGGCUGCACCAAAAACUGCCCCAGUGCCUCGGCCAUGACCAGGGGCCCUGGGCAAUCGAAAGCCCAGAGCGCUCCUGCUCCCGGACCGUUUCCUGCCUUAGGGGCGCCCGAGGCCCCAUCGGAAAAAGACGCCAGCGCGAGCGGUGACGGAGAAGCCCAAGCCGAGCCCGUGCGGGUGUUAGAGAUGGUCGCCAGGCUCGAAUCAGAGUGCCUGAGGCGUCAGAGCGAACAGGAAGCCGGGAGCCUGUCCCGGAACAACAGUUUUCGGCGGAACGUCGGCAGGGUGUUGCUGGCGAGCGGGACGGCCCCGGAACCCGAGGCCGGGGAGGCGUCCAGCGGAGUCCUCCGCCGGGAAGAGUGUGGCGGAGAGGACGACAGCUGGGGAUCAAAGUGCAGCUUGUCAGUGGAGCACGGUUUAUGGGAAAGCCCAUUGACGGAUCAGUCGUCUUCCCUCCCGGGUCCCCACGACAGGAAGAACGAAGCGAAACUGUGCCAGGGAGACGCAGACCAAGCUGGCGGCCCUCCAUGCAACUCUGGGGAGAUCACUGCGCCCCGACCCUUUGCAUAUCCAGAAGCUGUUCCGAGGCGGCCUUGUGACUGGCAGAGCAGAUCCCCAGCUCCGGACGGUACACCAAGGGAGCCGACAGCUUGUCCGGAUCUCAGCCCGAAUGUGCAAAUGCGAGGCUCUGUCAGUAUUAGCCUGUCAGUCGCCAGGGUGGAGCCAGGUUGCCGGAAAAGCCAGCUUCCGGACUCCAGCUGCGGGGAAGACGCUCUUCCUGGGAUGCUGUUUUUGCUUCUCUCUGCGCGUGAAAUUCCCAGCGAGAUCCAGCCGGAGGACGAAGAAGCCUCUCCCGAAGAGCGUUCAGGAAUCCCGGCAGGGAAGGAUGCCUCCCCUGUGGAGGAGCCACACUCCGCCAGCCACGUUUCUGGAGGGAUCCUGCCGUCUCCUCCCGAGGGCGCUUUGCAGAGCGUGGGCUCUCCGGGUCUGAAGAGGCAGAGGUCCCACGACUUUCUGGAGACGAGGUUUAAGAUCCAGCAGCUGUUGGAACCCCAGCAGUACCUGGUUUUCCUGCCCCACCAUAUCAUCGUGAAAAUCUUUGGCUUGCUGCCCACCCGGAGCCUCGUGGCUCUCAAAUGCACUUGUGGCUAUUUCAAGUUCGUCAUUGAAUACUACAAUAUCAGGCCGGCGGACUCUCGCUGGGUGCGCGACCCUCGCUACCGGGAAGACCCUUGCAAGCAGUGUAAGAAGAAGUACGUCAGGGGGGACGUCUCCCUGUGCCGGUGGCACCCCAAACCCUACUGCCAGGCGCUACCGUACGGCCCCGGGUACUGGAUGUGCUGCCAUCGAUCCCAGAAGAGCGUUCCCGGCUGCAAACUCGGCCUUCAUGACAAUCACUGGGUCCCUGCUUGCCACAGCUUUAACCGGGCCAUUCACAAGAAAUCGAGGGAAAUGGACGAGGACUGUUAACACCCGCCCCCUCCCGGGCACCAUCUCUGGUGGAAGGAGAAUUCCACGCCUUGUGAUGUUUACACUGUAUAUAAUAUGUGGGUGGUUUGUUUUUUUUUCUUCCCUCUCCCUUCCAGAGGGCUAGGAGACUGCACAGACUUUUAAAUCACAAAAGCCUUUCACCUGCUAGAGGAGAAAUAGCCCUUAGGCCACAUCUGUGCACAUAUUAAAGCUCUGGAAAGCUCUCUGUCUGGUAAGAGUGUCUGACAGCUAGAUGACCAACAUUCAAGUGCUACAACGCAGCUACAGGGGUGUUGUGACAACAAACCCGUGUUUUAAAGUGUCUCAUUUUCAAAUCUGUAU